GACUUGUACAAGUAGUGCGCGGACAAGCCUGCUAGCCUGCUAGCAUGCUAACUCCUUAUCCUAACCCGCCCACUAAUUCCGCUUGGGUUUCGAAGUGAAGCUAAAGACGACAACUCUCGGACGAGCGCACCUCCAUUCAGACGAUAGUUGCUCCGACUUGUAAGAGUGCUUGAAGAAGAUUGGAAGUGAAAUGAAACUUACUUGAAGCCAAUCCAGUUUGGUACAGUAGUGUCGCUUUAAUGCUGCGUUCGCUUGCUGUCGGAAUAAGAGUGAGUGCUGGCCCCCAAAAAAUAUAUUUUUCUUUUCUUUGCUUUGAAAAAUAUAAAAUACAACGAUCACAAUAAGUGUGUGAUAUUUGUUUUCCAAAUGCCUGAUUUAAAUCAUUUCAAUGAGUAAAUCCUUUCAAAUCUAAACAUACAUCCUGAAAUUCGGAGACGUCCUCAGUAGUGUUGCCAGUCGCCAGACGAGCAGACGUCUCUCUCUUUCCCAGCAACCCUGAAGGCGUCAUUCGUGACGUCAUCAACAACCAUGGCGUCCUCUGGAAGAAGACAGCUUUGUUUACGCUCCGCUCUGUGGAGUAUUUUCUUUUAUUUGCUCCAUUCUCAUGUAAGGAGGGUUGUGGCCGAGGACGCGGACAACUGCGACAACCUGAGACUUGGACAAUAUUUGUGCAAAGAUCCCAAGAUAGACGAAAACACUCAGGAGCCGGAAAACUGCCGAGACGCCACAGCUUGGGUGGAAUGUCUCCCAGCUCCAAACGUCACUUGUCGACUAUCCAAUGGGACAGAGUUCAGGUUCAGUGGGGACGAGGUGGGCUUUAAUAGAACCAUUCCCUGCAGGAACGUGAGUGGAUACUCUUACAAGGUGGCGGUGGCGUUGUCUCUCUUCCUGGGCUGGCUGGGCGCCGACCGCUUCUACCUGGGAUACCCGGCACUUGGGUUGCUUAAGUUCUGCACGGUGGGGUUCUGCGGCAUUGGAACGCUCAUAGACUUCAUCUUGAUCACCAUGCAGAUCGUAGGUCCGUCGGACGGCUCCGACUACAUUGUGGACUAUUAUGGCGCCCGCCUGACCCGCCUGUCAAUCACCAACCAGACGUACAGGAAGCCGCACCUGUCUCUGUGAGGUCACGUAGACACGCCCACUCGCAGACCGGACCUAAGGGGACACUUCCUGUUUGUACUUUAUGUAGAGGAUGAUGUCAUCCCAACAUGCCAAGUGGCUGUGAGCAGGACAGGGCCAUCAUGAUCUAGUAAGUGCUAUGAUCUUCAUGAUUGGGAAGCAUUUGUGUGUCCAACUUUUGAUUUGCUUAAAAUAAGACUAUCAAAUGAUUUGUUUUUCAAAGAAGAUGACUGACUUUUUGGAAUUUGGUUGAAUCAUGAUUAUUCACAGGUGAUAACUCCCUUGCACAAUUAAAAUGUGCUAAAGAAAAGACCCAGAUAGUAUUGUCAGAAUGUAAACCAGGAACAUUUUUACAUGUUUUUUCAUUCAUUUUUACAAAACUUGGUAACUGUUAUGUCUAAGCUUAUUUCCGGCUGUAUUUUGGUGGGCAAGCGCAGCAGUUGGCGUCUCCUCACUCACACAUGCAUUGACCGUAUAGCAAUUAAGCUCCAGUGAAUUGUACACUCCAAAUAUAUGUAACUUAUGUGUGUACAUCAACAAUCUAAUAUGUUUUGGGAUUAAUCACCAGUUCAAUCAUUCAUUUUGACAGCCCUCCUUCAAAAUAUAUACAUAAAAAAACUAUCUCCCAUAAAAGUAAAAUGGUCAUUUUAGGGAGGAACAUUUCUGACUUUGUACAAUGUAGAUGAAGUUAUUAAAGUGUAAAUAAAAGGUGUUUCCAAUA